AUGCUCCUCGCGCUCUUCGCGAUCUACGUACCAUCCUUCGUGUACAGCAUAGCACACACCGAACCCUACGAUGUCAUAUCAGACGAGGUUGAAGUGGUGACGAGAGAGCCAGACAAUGGCGAGGAGCUGGUGAAAGACGUGGAUUCUCGUUAUGUCAACGGCGACGCCUCAAAAGAACUUGGCCAGGAACUAGAUGUUGAGGAAACAGUCGUGGUUGAGGAGAAGGACCCAGAGAUCGUAAAGACACUCCUGACUGGCCUUCCGAGCGCAUCAAGUCUGAUAUGGAGCGCCAUAACAUUCGCCAUCAACCUGGCGCUCAUAGCCAUGGCGAUGGACCUCGUCUACCGAGCAGUGUGGCUAUAUCCGUCGCACGACCUGUCAAUGGCACGCGUGGGAUAUGUAUCUGACACCACGGCCAAAAUUCUAAUCCGAGAGGCGAAUCUAGCGAAGCUGCCUGUAACUGUGUCAUACCGACAUGCUGAUACCCCUCUCCGGGGUGGUCACCAUGAUCCGUCUUGGAAAUCGGGAGGCAGUAUUGACUCUCUUGACGACACGACAGACUUCACUGGUACCCUGGAACUGAAGCGCCUUCGACCAGAUACACGAUAUCAGUACGUGGCGAACAAUCAUACCGGGCACUUUGUCACUGCUCCACGGACGGGUGAGACUUCAGCGAGGCUAGCAUCAGCCGGGGCGUUCACCUUCUUGCACUCAUCGUGUCUGAAGAACAACUUCCCGUAUACUCCAUUCUCUCAUGCACUGUCAAAUCAAGGCCUCAAAUACCUUGCCCAAACUCUGGAUACCGUCAAAGCGCAGUUCAUGCUCUUCCUAGGUGACUUCAUCUACAUUGACGUCCCGCAUCGACACGGCAGCACCAUCGAAGAGUACAGGCGAGAAUAUCGCCAGCUCUACUCCAGCCCAGACUGGCCCGCCGCAUCAAAAGAGCUGCCCUGGAUUCACGUCUACGACGACCAUGAACUAGCAAACGACUGGGACAAAAAUACAACCGACCUCUUUCCAGCGGCCAAUGAUCCCUACCAACACUACCACAUCGCAGCCAACCCGCCGCCUGCGCGCGCCGGCGAGACGUACUUCCAGUUCACGCAAGGCCCAGCAUCCUUCUUCAUGCUCGACACCCGCCGCUACCGCUCACCGAACGAUAACACAAACGGCUCAGACCCACUCACCGGUGAAGCCACAAAGUCUAUGCUCGGUCGACAACAACUCGCGGAUCUUCUAGCCUGGCUGAAGCGUCCCGAGCAGCCUGGCGUCCGCUGGAAGAUCCUCGUCAGCAGCGUACCGUUCACCAAGAACUGGUGGUUUGGUGCGCAGGACACGUGGCGUGGCUAUCUCGGUGAGCGUCAGAUUAUACUGGAGGCUAUGUGGGAUGUUGGUCUACAAGGCGGUGUUGGCGUGGUCGUGCUCUCCGGUGACCGGCACGAGUUCGCUGCUACUGCGUUCCCGCCACCACCUGAAGGGAGGGAGGAGAUCGUCGGUCUCGGACCCGUAGGCGUGGGCGCAAAUCCACUGGGUGUAAGAGACAUGGCUCUGGAUACCCAGCCUACUCUCCGCACCCGCCGGAAGUACUGGCCCCUCAGCUCCACUGUCCACGAGUUUAGCGCCAGCCCGCUGAACAUGUUCUACCUCCCGUACCGCACUUACUCCGAAUCCUCCACCUCCGACACCUACGUCUCCGACGUUUGCAUCAAGUACAUCCCGGACGGCAACAGCAAGUUCGGCGCCAUCAGUAUCUCCAAUCCUCCAACGAGUGAUCAGUCCGUGCUGCACUAUCGAUUAUACGUCGAUGGGGUCGAGAACUGGAGCUAUACUCUCACGACGCCACCUGACCUUGGCGGUGGUGGGAGAGCAAAGGAUGCGAUAUGGGGGUGA